UUACACACACAAGUUCAGUCCACGAAGUUCAAACUUGUCAUACUGCUGUUGUCUGUGACUGCUGGAUCAACCACAACAUGGAGCAACAAACACAGAUGCUGCCCGUUUUGAAGAAGGAAUCUUGGAUACCACAGCGGAAAUAUAAACGAUAUUCGAAGAAGUAUAGCACGUAUCUUGGUUUAAUUGCUAAUGUAAUUCAAAACUCUCCAAACAAGAUGCUAACAUUCGGACAGCUGAUGGAGUGUUUGAGCGCGUUUGUCUCCGGCGAAAGAAAGGGCUUGGAGAACAACGUCCGAGUUUGUUUGUCAUCCAACGACUGCUUUGUGAAGGUUCCGGUGAACCCGGAGUACCCGAAUGCAAGAAGGAACUACUGGAAAGUCGACGAGAGUCUGAUCACAUCGAAGAUGCUUCGACGCCAUUUCAGCGGUACGCGGGAUAUUCCAUCAGGAUUGUCUUCCCGAAUUCCAGUAGAGUCCAAUGCUAUGGAGACCAACUUCAAGUCGACAAAAAUACCACUUCCUGUGUUGGAGGACAAACAUUAUUCGAAGUUCAACAGUUCAUUUUCCAUUGAAUCGCUUCUUAAGAAAGACCCUGAGAUCCGCUCUACAAGCACUUUACCAACUGAUGACAAUGGAGAUGUGAACUUUUUACGCAAGAAUUGUGAAUUGUAUUCACUGAAAUUUGGAUGGGAUGCAAUCAAACCUACACCUUCAUUCAGAGACUAUACAAUGGGUCACACACAGUGUGGGGGAUUGGCAUAUCAUUACCCACGUGAAUCGAUGCGCAAUGAGUACACACUGGACACCGGAAGGUUCUGCAAAAGAGCGCGCCUCUCUCCUCCAAUCGUAGCGUAUGGCGCGGCAGGUGUAUCUCCCUUUUUUAAUCACGAACAUAUGCUUGCUCUGAAGAGAUGGUCUCUCGGUGCAAAUACGUUUGAUUCAAGGAGUUUUUGAUCUAUCGUAGUUUGCAUUUAGUCAUAACGAUGCACUCAGCCGGUUUAUUUCUGUGUUCAAUGUUGCUAUUUUCUGAUCAGUGCAUGGUCAUUACUAACCCAAAGCCCACCUUGAGUGAAUGCCCUACAUUUAUUUUUGAUGUGUCUGUGAGUUAUUUUUGAUAUGUGACGAACCCUACUAACCAUAGCUUUAAUGCCCUUCCAGUAUGUGUGUGUGUGUUUUUUUUUUUCUUGCAAUAAAACACAUUUGCGUAA